AAACCAGGAAAUAAUUCAUUAUAACGGUUUUAGACUCGAUUUUUCUGAGAUUGAGUUUCCAAUAACAAGCAAAGGAAUAAAGCGAUUCGAAAAAGCCAAUGAGGAUUUCAGCAUCAAUAUAUAUGAAAUUGAUGAUAAUGGUAAAAACGUUGUGGGACCCACAGUGAGGACUAAUAAAAUUCGUCCUAAUCAUAUAAACUUGCUAGGCAUCAAUAGUGAUAUGCAAAUGAUGCAUUAUGCCUAUAUAACGUGCAUGAAGAAGUUAUGCUAUUCCCAACAUAGUAAAUCUCAUAGUGCAGCAUAUUUUUGCGAUAACUGUUUGCAAUUUUAUAGUACUACAAAUACUAUUCACGACACUAAGGAGUGUGGAAAAGUUGCGGCUCUAUAUCCAGAACCCAAUACUAAAACCAUAUUUAAAAGUUGGUCGAAAAAACUUUCACCCCCAGUCGUAAUUUAUGCUGACAUCGAAGCUGUUUUGGAAAAUUUCCAUAGAAAUCUUAAUGAUCCCUCCAAAUCAUCGACUACUAUGGCGCAGAGGCAUACAGCAUGUGCAGUUUCAUUUUAUGUUGCACAUAAAUACAAUCCUCAUCUAAAUGAGAUGUGGACAUAUGAAGGACCUGAUUGUAUUGAAAAAUUCUGUCAAGUGCUUAGGGCUAAAACUGAUGGCCUUUAUGAGAAGUACUGGAAAUCUAGUAAAAAGCCCAUAUAUGAAUUCAAUAUUUGGGAUGAAGACUGUCAGGAACACGAAGCGUGCUGUGCCUGCGAUGAGCAAAUUUUGGUUGAUGAUCGUGAAAAAUACUUCAAUCAAUUCACGGGCCAAUAUGUAGGGCCUAUUCAUAAGGUCUGUAAGCAAACAUUUAGAUUAAGCGAUCCCUUUUUCCCUGUAGUGUGUCACAACUUGUCUCGAUAUGACAUCCACUUAUUUGUAACAUCGAUAAGAGAUGAAUUGAAACCCAUUCCUUGCAAUAAAGAGUUAUAUAUUGCGUUAACUCAAACUUGCAAGCUUGAUUCACAUCUUCAUCAAUAUAAAAUAAGAUACAUAGAUUCAAAUAGAUUUUUAAAUUCGAGCUUAGAAAAACUUGCUAGCUAUAUGGAUGUAUCCAAUUUCAAAAUAUUGAACAGCAAAUAUCAAAACGAAAAAUUUGACAUGCUACGAAGAAAAGGAGUAUUUCCCUAUGACUAUUUAGAUAGUUUUCAAAAAUUUGAGGAAUCCCAGCUCCCUUCAAGGGAAUAUUUUUAUAAUUCUCUGAAUGAUGAGGAAUGUAGCGUGGAAGAUUAUAACUUUGCUCAGAGCGUGUGGAGAAUGUUUAACUGUACUAGUAUUAGAGAUUACUUAAAAUUAUACUUGGAAAGCGAUGUUCUAAUUCUUGCCGAUGUAUUCGAAAAUUUUAGAACUCUUUGUUCACGAGUAUACAGACUAGAUCCCAUUAAUUAUGUUACUGCUCCUUCAGUUUCAUGGGAUGCAAUGCUUAAAUACACAAAGAUAGAAUUGGAACUUAUAAGUGAUCCUGAUAUUUAUAACUUUUUAAAAACUGCAGUCCGGGGAGGGUUGACUCAAUGUACCCAAAGGAUCGCUACAGCAAAUAACAAAUACUUAAAUGACAAAUUCAAGUCUAGCGAUCCUAUAAACUACCUGACAUAUAUUGACGCCAACAAUUUAUAUGGAUGGGCUAUGAGUCAACCACUUCCAUAUUCCAAUUUUAAAUUUCUAAGUAAUAAUGAAAUUUUAUCUUUCAACGCUCUUAAUAUAUCAGCCAGAGGUAAUAUAGGAUAG